AUGUUCCCCCGCCCGCUGACCCCGCUGGCGGCCCCGAACGGCGGCGAGCCCCCGGGCCGGGCGCUGAGGCGGGCCCCGCUGGGCCGGGCCCGGGCCGGGCCGGGGGCGCCGCCGCUGCUGCUGCCGUCCAUGCUGAUGUUCGCGGUGAUCGUGGCCUCCAGCGGGCUGCUGCUCAUGAUCGAGCGGGGCAUCCUGGCCGAGAUGAAGCCGCUGCCCCUGCACCCGGCCGGCCGCGAGGGCGCCGCCCGGCCCGGGGCGCCGGCCCUGGACGCCGGCGACGCGGACUCGCAGGUGAGGCAGGACGUCCGGAACCGGACGCUGCGGGCGGUGUGCGGGCAGCCGGGCAUGCCCCGCGACCCCUGGGACCUGCCGGUGGGCCAGCGGCGCACCCUGCUGCGCCACGUCCUCGUGAGCGACCGCUACCGCUUCCUCUACUGCUACGUGCCCAAGGUGGCCUGCUCCAACUGGAAGCGCGUGCUCAAGGUGCUGGCCGGCGCCCUGGACAGCGUGGACGCCCGCCUCAAGAUGGACCACCGCAGCGACCUGGUGUUCCUGGCCGACCUGCGGCCGGAGGAGGCCCGCUACCGCCUGCAGCACUACUUCAAGUUCCUGUUCGUGCGGGACCCCGCGGAGCGCCUCCUGUCCGCCUACCGCAACAAGUUCGGCGAGAUCCGCGAGUACCAGCAGCGCUACGGCGCCGAGAUCGUGAAGAGGUACCGGCCGGGCGCCGGGCCCAGCCCUGCGGGGGACGACGUCACCUUCCCCGAAUUCCUGCGGUACCUGGUGGACGAGGACCCUGAGCGCAUGAAUGAGCACUGGAUGCCCGUGUACCACCUGUGCCAGCCUUGCGCGGUGCGCUAUGACUUCGUCGGCUCCUAUGAGAGGCUGGAGGCCGACGCCAACCGGGUGCUGGAGUGGGUGCGGGCACCACCCCACGUCCGAUUCCCGGCCCGCCAGGCCUGGUACCGGCCUGCCAGCCGCGAAAGCCUGCACUACCACCUGUGCAGCGUCCCGCGGUCCCUGCUGCAGGAUUUGCUGCCCAAGUAUAUCCUGGACUUCUCCCUCUUCGCCUACCCACUGCCCAAUGUCACUCGGGAGGCCUGUCACCAGUGA